AUGAUAGCGAGCGGUUUGAACGGCUCGACGAGUCUCGAGGGAUCGAUUCGAUCGUCCGUGGAACUCGAUCCGACUGGUAGGAGUCUGCUGAUCAGCGAGAAUCACACCAACAGUCCGAUCGUCGCGUUCUUGCAGCAAGAUGACUCGUCGACCAGACGUGAUCCUUUGUACAUUGUGCUGCCUAUCACGGUGAUCUACGCGGUGAUCUUCUUCACCGGGCUGAUCGGGAACGUGUCCACGUGCGUGGUGAUCGCGCGUAACAAGUCUAUGCACACGGCAACCAAUUACUAUCUGUUCAGCCUGGCGGUCUCUGAUUUACUGCUGCUGAUAUCUGGCCUGCCACAGGAGAUGUACUACAUAUGGUCGCAUUUCCCGUACGUGUUCGGCGAGGCCUUCUGCAUUAUUCAAGGAUUCGCGGCUGAAACCUCAGCGAAUGCCACCGUGCUGACCAUCACCGCCUUCACUGUCGAGAGGUACGUCGCGAUCUGUCAUCCAAUCAUCUCGCACACGAUGUCGAAGCUGUCCCGUGCCGUCAAGUUCGUGAUCGUGAUUUGGUUGCUGGCGUUGUGCCUGGCGGUGCCACAGGCGAUCCAGUUCGGUAUCGUGUACGAGUACAGCAACGGGUCCGCCAUAUUGGACAGCGCUAGGUGCUCGAUGAAGUCGAUCCUGAUCGAGCACGCGUUCCAAAUAUCCACCAUGUUGUUCUUCGUGGUCCCGAUGACGAUCAUCACGGUCCUGUACAUACUGAUCGCGAUCCAGUUGAGACGAUCGAGGCUGCUGACAGCCACCGUGAAGAGGAACCAUUUACCAGCUGGAUUGAACCAUUGCGACAGCGGUCGAGGGAAAAGCUCCGCGCAGAGAAACGUGAUUCGCAUGUUGGUUGCAGUGGUUGUCGCGUUUUUCAUUUGCUGGGCGCCGUUCCAUGCCCAGAGACUGUUGGCUGUCUACGCGCAGAGCACCAAGGCUGAACCGGAAGACGCGUUAGUAAUAGUCUACACCAUCCUCACGUACGUGUCGGGGGUGUUUUAUUACCUCUCCACAACGGUGAAUCCACUCCUGUACAACAUCAUGUCCAACAAAUUUCGGGAAGCUUUCAAGUCGAUGCUGUCGAAUCACUGCGGCCGGAAAUGGUCCUCCCGGAAGUCUGUUCCUCGACAGCCGACUUACAGUAGCCUCUCGAGGUAUCCAAGGUCCGCGAUCAGGCACGCGGACGAUCGUCAGAAUUCGCCGUCAAUAUCCGUCAGCGACGACAACCAAAAGCUGACGAGCAUCCACCGAGCGACGAACUCGAUCGACGUGAAUGGGCUGUCGGACCGGAAGGAACCGGGGAAUCGAUCGGUCGCGAAAGUUAGCAGGAUCAACGGCCGUGAGUACGGGCGUAGCGUGUCCAGGGGAUCGAAUUCUAGUCAGCUGACAUUGAUGACCUCGAUCAGCAAGAGCUUCAACGAAGGUAACAACAACGUCGCUGCGGCCUGCGUGAACGAGUGCCUGCUGAAGAUCCAGAGACCGUCGAGGACCGUCGAUUUUGGAAUUCUCGCGGAAAGACUAAGGCUAGGCACGAAAGGUCUGUUCUCGCUGCAUCCAAAAAUCACGAACAGCCCGUCCGUGAAACCGGAAACGACGGCGGCCCCGACGACGGAACGGUUUCAAAGCCAGCCGAGCGUCGAGAGCGCGAACACAAUCAGCAACUCGAGUCUGCAGGACCUCGACGAGACCGGAUUCACCGGCACAGAAUUGACGGUGUGCACGGGCGAGUUGAACCGCGACCUAAUCACCUGA